CGCGUAUAAAGGAAAUAUUUUUUUAAAAAGAAUCCAAACAGAGACGAUUUUACGACGUUACGUUUUACGACUGUUUUCCUUGUUGCCUAGCAGCAGCGGCAGCGCAAGAGGAACCCAAGAUGGCUUAAUAAGGUAGAAAAAGACUGGCAAUCUCAGCAUCAGUUGUUCAGUUCAGCUCUGGGGGACAUUUGCAGCUGACCUGAAGAAUGCCUGCGGCCGCAGACUGGCGGCUCCUCAUGGGAAUGGAUCCAGAGGAUCUGGGGGAUGAGGAUGAGAAGAUCUGUGAUUUGAUUUUAAUGGUCAAACCACGGGACCUAAAAGCAGAUGAUUCUGAGAAAAUGAUUCAACUCUUUAGGAUCUCACAAACCCUUCUGAGGAUGAAACUGGAUGAAAUUAAAUGUGCCUAUGAGGUUGUAGACAGCGCAGGGGCAGAACAAGCAAGAAUUGAAAAUGAGCUGAAAGCCAAAGUCUUAAAGCUGGAAAGUGAGCUGGAGAUGGCCCAGCGUGUGAUGGGAGGGGGAGACAAACAUUUUCUGCGGGAUGAAAUUCGCCAACUGGAGAGUCACCUGGAGCGCAAGGAGAAAGAGGUGACCCAACUUGAGAAGGAAAUGGGCAAGGAAAGGAAAUCCAAUGAAGAGCUGGCUCUUCGUGCAGAAGAAGCAGAAGAGAAGAACAGGAAACUAAAAAGAGAGAUAAAGCAGCUUACGAGGAAGAAUGAGCAGCUCCAACAGGACAUUGAGUUCUACAGAAAGGAAGCAGAGCAAAGGGAAUCUCUUCAGACCAAAGAGGAGAGCAAUGAGAUUCAGAGGAGACUCACCAAAGCCAACCAGCAGCUGUACCAGUGCAUGGAGGAGCUGCAGCAUGCCGAGGACAUGGCUGCCAACCUGAGGAGUGAAAAUGAGCACCUGCAGAAGAAUCUAGAAGAAUCUGUGAAGGAGAUGGAGAAGAUGACGGACGAAUACAACAAGAUGAAGAUCGCUGUCCAACAAACGGAUGCCAUCAUGGAUCAAUUGAGAAAAGACAGAGAUCAUGCCAAGCUUCAGGUAAGAGAGCUAACUGACCAGAUCCAGGCCCGAGUGGAAGAGGACGACCCAGUUAUGGCUGCUGUUAAUGCUAAAGUCGAGGAAUGGAAGAGUGUUUUAUCAGGGAAAGAUCUGGAAAUUUUGGAGUAUCAGCAGAUGAUCAGAGAUUUGAGGGAGAAACUGCGAACUGCUCAGAUGGAUUCAGAUAAAAGCAACAUUAUCGCAUUGCAACAGGUCAUAUAUGAACUGUGUGGCGCCGUGCAAGAGAGGGACAACCAGAUCAAGAUGCUGUCGGAGCAAGUGGAGCAGUACACGACGGAAAUGGAAAGGAAUGCUAUGCUCAUCGAGGAGCUGAAAAGGCCAUUGAAGAAAGAUAAAGGUCAUUCCAGCGACCACCAGCGUAGAUUGGAGGAUUUGAGUGCUAAACUCCAGGUUGCGGAAAGGAAGGUGCUGGAGGCUCAACGGGCCGCACAACUGGCUGAACGAGAUGCCAGAGACAAAGACAAAGAACUUAAUGACACCCUCAGCAGAAUCCGUCUGUAUGAGUCGGGGACGGAUGGUUUGGAAGCUGCAAUAUCUGAAAUCAAAGAAUGUAAAAAUCAAAUCCGAGUAAGAGACCGGGAGAUAGAAGGCAUGAUAAAAGAGAUAAACCAGCUGGAGAUGAAGAUCAACAAUCUGCUAGACGAGAACGAAGACCUGCGAGAGCGGCUUGGAUUAAAUCCGAAGGAAGAACUUGAUUUGAGUGAAUUCCGGAGAUCAAAGAUUUUGAAGCAGAGACAGUAUAAAGCGGAGAAUCAGGUUCUGCUCAAAGAGAUUGAGCGUCUCGAGGAGGAAAGGCUGGAGCUUAAACAACGCAUCCGUGCACUUGUGAAGGACAAAGGUGUAACAGUAGUCAGCAAUUCACUGCUUGACAACAGUGUUGAAGAAAAGCCCGUCAGAUCCCUAAGGCCUUCCUCUGGAUCCACCGAUGAUGAAAUCAAACGCAAAAACGAGCGCCUGCAGAAAGAGCUGAGCAACAAAGAGAAAGAGCUGGAACUCAGGAGAAGUGAAUCUACCCAGUUCAAAGCCAAAUUGAAUGAAAUGCUGAAUGAGAAUAAACAGCUGGAGCAGGGCAUGAAGGAGAUACUGCAGGCCAUCCAGGACACUCAGAAGAAAACGCCAACAUCCACUGGUGUCAGCAUUCCUAGCCUCGAGAGACUCGUCAAUGCUCUGGAGAUGAAGUAUUCAGAGGGGAAGUUUGAUGCAAGUCUCCACCUGAGAACACAAGUAGAUCAACUGACCGGCCGGAAUGAAGAGCUCCGACAGGAGAUGAAGACGGCAAGAGAAGAGGCAGCAAACACUCUCAGUCAGUUAACAAAAGCAAAUGAGAAGAUCGCUCGCUUGGAAAGUGAGAUGGAAUCAAUGAGCAAAUCUACUGGCUCUUCCAUCCCUCACAAGACAUUAGCUUUGCCCGAAGAAAUGACGCCCACUAGUGCGGAGGCCAUCAACGCUCUCAAUGAGUACACGGUUCAGCUCCUGCAGGAGAUCAAAAACAAGGGAGAUUCCAUUGAACAGCUUGGUUCGGCUCUGGAAGAGUACAAAAGAAAGUUUGCUGUCAUCCGCCAUCAACAAGGACUACUUUACAAGGAGCAUCAAAGCGAAAGAGAGUCUUGGCAGAAAGAGCGGGACUCUUUUGCAGAGCUGAAAUCCAAACUUGAGGAACAAAGGGAGGUGGACGCAGUAAAAAUCAAAGAGUACAACCACUUGCUAGAGACUCUUGAGAAGGACCCGAGUGAGAUCAGGCGAGAGAUGGCGGAGACAGGCAGAAAAAUAGUGGUUCUUCGGGUGAACGAGAAGUGUUUGACACGCCGUUACACCACUCUGCUGGAGCUGGAGCAGCACUUGAGGAAGGAGAAUGCAAAACUAAAGGAGGAUUUCACUCAAAUGCAAGCCGCAGUUACAGAACGCAUUGGCUACUUGCAGAGGUUCAAGGAAAUGGCUGCUUUUAAAAUGGCCUCUUUGCAGAAAUCCCUAGACGUCAGUGUUCCUGCUUCCGAGCUGGAGAGAGCCAACAAACAAUACACUGAGCUCACCAUCAAAUACAGAAACCUCCUCCAAAAGGACAACCACCUCGUUCAGAAGACCACCAGUCUGGAGCACCUGGAGACGGAGAAUAUGUCUUUACGUGAACGCAUUGACUCCAUCAAUAAAGAGCUAGAGAUCAGCAAGGAGAAGCUUCACACUUUGGAACAGGCCUUUGAAAACAUCAGCACAACUGGUGGUGAGAUCAUCAUGGACAAGGCCACCAAAGCCGUGGCCAACAGUGAGAUCGUAUCUGUGUCCAGACGCAUCACCACACUGGAGAUGAAGGAGCUGAAUGAAAGACAACGAGCCGAACAUGCUCAGAAGAUGUACGAGCAUCUAAGGAACUCCCUCAAGCAAGUGGAGGAACGCAACUUUGAGCUGGAGACCAAGUUUGCUGAGCUCACAAAGUUAAACCUGGAGGCUCAACGGAUUGAGCGGGAGCUCAGGGAUGAGCUGGCAGACAGUGUAAGCAAACACAUCAGCGAUGCAGACCGCAAGAGAAUCACUGAACUGGAGAAAACAGAAGCAAACCUGCGGAUUGAAGUGUCCAAAUUGCGGGAGGUGUCAGAUGUGGCUAAAAUGCAGGUGUCCGCUCUCGAUGCCCGACAGCAGUCUAGAGAGAAAGAAGUAGAAAGCCUGAGGAGACAGGUUUUAGACUACCAGGCUGAGUCUGAUGAAAAGGCCCUGAUCGCCAAACUCCAUCAGCACAUUGUGGCUCUCCAGCUGAGCGAGACCACAGCAAUUAGCCGUCUGGAGGCCACAAACACACGUCUGCAGAAACUGGAGGCGCAGAAGCUCCGUGACGAACAAAAACUGGAUGAGCAACAGCAGGCACUCUGGCACGCGAGGCAGGAGGGUCACCAGCGGGCCAGACACCUCCGGCACACCAUCCAGGCCCUCCGCAGACAGUUCUCAGGAGCCCUGCCGCUGGCCCAGCAGGAGAAGUUUUCAAACACCAUGCUCCACCUUCAAGAGGACAGGGCUCGGGUCAGAGAGGAUGCACAGAUAACGGAGGAAGAAAGAAGGAAGGCAGAAGGGAAGGCGCAGGAACUGGAGCUAAAGCUGAAAGGCUUGGAGGAGCUCAUAGCAACACUCAAAGAUGCUAAAGGGGCUCAAAAAGUGAGUGAGUGGCAUAAGAAACUGGAGGAUGUUCGUCUGUUGGAAAUGAGGCAGAGCAGAGAGCUGAACACUCAGAGGGAAGAGAUCAAAUACCUGAAGAACUGUGUGGCAGAGCAGGAACGCACCAUCAGUGGCCUGGAAGAAGAGCUGGUGCAGCAGAAUAACCUACUCGAGGAACGCCAGUUGAUCUGGGAUCAGAGAGAGGUGCAACUGGAGCGUCAACUUGACUCCUAUGAGAAACAGCAGAAUGAAGUUCUGAACACAGCUCAGAAGUUUGAGGAAGCCACAGGCUCUCUGCCGGAUCCAAACCAGCCUUUAGCAAACCAAUUAGACUAUGCACUCGGAAAAAUCAAAGAGCAUGUUCGUACCAUUCUUGAGACAAAAACUACCUGCAAAAUUCUGGAAGAGAAGCUAAAAGAAAAGGAAGCUGCUUUAUGGUCAUCAGAACAGAAUGUUUUAUCUCGAGACAAAGUAAUCAAUGAACUUAGACUUCGUCUACCAGCUGCUGCUGAGAGGGAGAAACUCCUGGCUGACCUGAGCAAACAGGAGGACUCUGAGAGCCAGCCCACCCUGAAAGUCGCUCACCAGACCAUUAAUAACCUCCAAGGGCGUCUGGAUCAGAAAGAAGAGGUUCUCAAAAAGUACCAGAACCUUCUAGGAAAGGCUCGCCAGGAGCAGGAAGAGAUUGCCAAAAGACAUGAGGAAGAGGUCCGGGCCCUUCAUCAGAAACUAGACGUCUAUAUGGACACAUCUCUGGACCGCUUCAAACAAACCGCUCUGGAGCUCAUUAAGAAACCCACCAUCACCGUACCGACAAGUAAACACUUGGUCCGGUUGGCAGAAAUGGAGCAGACGGUGGCUGAGCAGGACAAUUCACUCUCCUCACUCUCUCAAAAGCUGAAGAUUGUCACUCAAGAGUUGGACCAACAGAGACAGGUGACAGCGGCUCAAGCCAUGGAGCACGCUGCAGAUAUGGCCAGAUUGGAGGAUAAACAUGCUGCCCAAAUGAAGGGUCUGUCCCAGGAGGCAGAAGAGCUGAGGGCUCAACUCAUUCAGAUGGAGAAAGAGCUGCAUUACCUCCGUACAGAACUAGAGGCUCAGAAGGAGGCCAACGUCAGAUCACCAUCCAACACCAUGAAAAACCUUGUGGAGCGCUUGAAGAAUCAGCUGGCACUUAAAGAGAAACAGCUUAAGGCUCUCAGUAAAGCUUUGUUAGAGCUCCGAGCGGAAUUGACAUCUCAAGCAGAGCAGCAGAUCAUCACCAAUGCUGCUCAGAAGGAAGAGGCACUCAACGUUCAACAGAUUGUGGACAAGCAGACCAAGGAGCUAAGGGCUUGUGUGAGAGACCUUAAUGAGGAGCUCCAGCUGGCUAAGGAUGGAGUACGAGCGGCAAAAGCCAGAGAAAACUCCCUUAAAGAGGACCUGGAGACCUUGAACAAGGAUCUUCAGAGGAGCCAAAAAUCACAGAAUAAGCUGCAGAGUGAAAAGGAGGCUUUGGAGGAACACUUGAAUGAGCUGAAGAAGAAGAUUCAGAGGCUCAGCAGUGGCCUACAGGCUCAGGUUGAGAGCGAUGGACCCACUGUAGAUGCUCUUCAGAAGAAGAUUCGUAAGUUGGAGCAUGAGUUGGACAGGAAGAGCAUCUCAGAGCCUGCAGACAAGAGGAGCACCCUAAAGGAGGACAAGUCCUCUAAAGAAGAAGUUGUGAGAUGGGAGGAAGGUAAAAAGUGGCAGGCCCGGGUGGACAAAAUGCGAAAUGUUCUUAAGGAAAAGGAGAGAGAAGUGGAUUCUCAGGCUAAACAAUUAGCAACGAUGAAGGAACUGUACAGCAGGUUGGAGCAGGAGAAGGUGAGUCUGCAGAAGAAACUAAAGGGUAGAGGAGUGACCGCUGACCAGGUUGUUGGCGCACGAACUCUUGAGGCUGACAAAGAGAUUGAAGAGCUUCACAAAAGGAAUGCUGAACUGGAGCAGCAAAUCAAAGUGAUGAAGCAGCAGCAGGCUUUACCCCGUGAUGCUGCGAUGGAGGAUAUCACCAACAGAAACCGUUAUCUUGAGGAGAGACUUUACUCAAUGGAGAGUCGGCUAUCCAAAGAGCCUCCAUCCAGACCCUCUGACAGACAUUCAACAUCACCAUCUCAGCUCAGUUGGUCCUCAAAAGUUCGUUCUAUGACUUUUGAUGUAAUCGAAGCUGAACAAACUCAGUCCUCAUUAUUAAAUAGCACAGUUGUUGUAACUGAAAAGGAAAUAUCUGUUAUAGAGGACAAAGCAACUCAAACUUCCUUCAGAAGUAUAGAUAUGGGCACAGCAGAAGUGAACCAAGAUGAUGAAAAUGUAGCAAAGAAUAAAAUAGAUCUGGAACAAAAAGCUCUGAUGAAGGAUGACAAAACUGAGCAGGAAGAAAGCAAUAAAGAAAAAGGAUCUGUUGAGAAAGACGAAGAGCAACCAGAUGAAACUCAAAGAGGGCAAGAUGUAGCAGUUUUCGAAUAUGCUCAGGAAGAACUGAAGACUAAUGAUGAGGCAGAAGAGCUUGAGUCAGAACUGACACAUCGAGAGAUGAUGGAAAAACCUUUGGAUGAAGAUCAGCUGGAAGUUGAAAAUGAAGAGACAAAUGCAGAAGAAAUGUUAUACAGCACUAUGAAUCAAGCAGAGCUAGAGACACCAAAGGUUCUUCUUGAGGGUGAUGAAGAUUAUGGGCAAGAGCCUGAAGAACUUUUGAAAUGUGAAUGUGAUCCAUCUGCCGAAUCUAAAGAGCUUGACGAAGAAGAAACAGCUCUCAGCAAUUCAACCACAUUUGAUGCCAAACUUGUCUCUGAACAACCAGCAAUGGAGAAAAACAAGUCGUUUACUCCUGAAGCAGGUUUUAACCCUAAUUUAAGUGAAGUUUCCACUAGUAGAGAAUUGAAUGCAAACACUGAAAAUGACAUUCUUGGACAUUUAAAAGCAAAGGUCACCAGGCUUAAUGACAAAGAACAUUCAAUGAAAAGCAAAGCUCGAAAGACAUCUGGUCGAGGUUCUGAUACCCCAUCCCAAAGAGAGCAUGAGUUCCAAAAGGAGAAUCUCAGGUUGUCUACAGAAAACCUGGAGCUUCGUUUCCAACUGGAGCAAGCAAACAAAGACCUGCCUCGAUUAAAAGAUCAGGUGUCUGACCUCAAAGAGAUGUGCAGUGUUUUGAAGAAGGAGAAAGCUGAAGUGGAGAAGAGACUCAAUCAUCUUCGUGGGUCCGGCCGCAGUGGGAAAACCAUACCUGAGCUAGAGAAGACCAUUGGACUGAUGAAGAAGGUUGUGGAGAAAGUUCAGAGAGAGAAUGAGAACUUAAAAAGGACAUCUGAGGUCAACGUGCAGGAGCAACUUGCCACGCUGGAACGAGACCAUGAGAAACUUAAGUCAGAAUAUGAAAAGCUAAAAGGAAAACAAGAGGAACAGCUGAACUCAAGACUCGAGUCAAAAACUAAGGGCAUUGAGAAAAUCAUGAUGGAAAAUGAACGCUUACGAAAAGAAAUUAAAAAGGAAGCAGAAGCUGCAGAAAAGCUGAGGGUUGCAAAAGCCAGCCUUGAAGUAGCCAAUGAGAAGCUAAAGGCGGAGCUUGAGGAGACUCAUCAGAGGCUGUUAUUAGCACAGUCGAAGGGGGCGACUUUACUGGGGGUGGACAGCAAGACCUGGAAAUCUUCAGUUGUGACCAGGUUAUUCGAAAACAAGAUGAAAGGUCUUGAGAGUGACAUCGCUAAGAAGAACAUCAGCAUAUCAGAACUAAAGGUGCAGCUAAAAGAGGCAAAUGAGAAACUGCAGGCCACACAGCACACCGUCAUCCAGCUGAAGGAACAGGUGGAACUGCUUAAAAACGUCCCUGUGGAAGCGACCACUGACGAAGGUCUUGCCAGAGAGUAUCAGUCAGUGAGAUUGGCCAAUAAACAACUGGAGAGGGAGAAAGCUCAACUUCUGCGGCAGAUUCAAAGGAAUGAGGUGCAGCUUGGAACAAACAAAGACGGACCAGGAUACACUGAGCUCCAGGAACAGAUUAAAGCAGCAAACAACGAAAAGAAGAAAUUACAGGAUGAAGUGAGGAAACUGACCCAAGAGCUGAAACACUUUGACCCAACAUUUUUUGAGGAACUUGAGGAUCUUAAAUUCAAUUACAACCUGGAGGUGAAGAAGAACAUUGUUCUGGAGGAACAGCUGAAGAAGCUUUCGGAUCAGUUUGGUGUGGCGAUUCCUGAUGUGUCUAUCAACUAGCAGAUAUCAGAUCAUGAGGACACUGGAUUUAUUAUUACUGCGAAGUUAGGAGCUAAAUAUAUGUACAUUUAACAAUUGGUAGGUGCAUAUUUAUUUUUUCUAAAAUAUUAAGACAUUUUCAUAAGAAAGAAGGUUUUACACUAGUAGGUUUUGUAUUUGUGGCCUUACAAGCAAGAACUGAAACUGAAGUACAACAAGUCAUCACUGCCUCAAUUUUGAGACUGUAUAGAUGUACAGUAAUAAACGAUUUGUUGGAAUUA